CCUCUCCAUCUCCCGCCAUGUCGGGCCUCAACUCCCCCAACCCCCUCAGACAGCGACGAGGUCCAACUUCACGCUCUCCAGGCUAUAGCGAAGUCUCGCAGGAUGACGACCAGGUUGAGUUCUCCAGUCCGCGGAAUCGGAGCGCUGCCGAAAAGAUACUUGAGACCGACAAGGCCAAUAUUGCCGUGAUCGCGAUUCUCACUGUCCUCGCGUUUGCCCUCCGUUUUUACAAGAUAAACCAUCCAGACCAAGUAGUGUUCGAUGAAGUGCACUUCGGCAAGUUCGCUUCGUAUUACAUCACACGACAGUACUACUUCGAUGUGCACCCACCGCUCGCGAAGAUGUUGUUCGGUCUGGCUGGCUGGUUCGUCGGAUACGAUGGUCACUUCCUCUUCGACAACAUUGGAGACAGCUACACCGAGAACCAUGUCCCUUACGUCGGCAUGCGCGCGCUCCCUGCAUUCCUCUCAAGCAUGACAGUGCCCGUCGUCUAUAGCAUCAUGAAGGAGUGCGGGUAUUCCACAAUCAUUGCAGCCUUCUCGGCGUCAUUGGUCCUCUUUGACAACGCCCACGUCACUCAAAGCCGCCUUAUCCUCCUCGAUGCAAUCCUGAUCUUCUUCAUCGCCACGACCAUGUACUGCUACGUCCGAUUCCGGAAACUACGUUACCAGGAAUUCUCUCCUGAAUGGUGGGGCUGGCUGCUUGGUACGGGUACAUUCAUGGCCUGUGCGUGGGCUUCCAAAGUCAACGGCAUCUUGACGGUCGUGGCGAUUGGUAUUCCUGUAUUGAUCGAUUUAUGGGACAUUCUCGACGUCAAGAAGGGGCAUAGCAUGGAAUACUUCACGAAACACUUCGUUGCCAGAGCGGUUGGACUGAUCGUUCUCCCGAUCACUCUGUAUCUCAUCUUCUUCUGGAUUCAUCUGGCCAUUUUGACGAACACUGGUCCCGGUGACUCAUUUAUGAGUCCUGCGUUCCAAGAGACGCUGGAGGGCAAUGAGUUGCUACUGAACAGCCAAGAAAUCCACUACUUCGAUACCAUCACCGUCCGGCAUAGAGACACACGCGCCUUCUUGCACUCUCAUCCGGAGCGUUAUCCGCUGAGAUACGAUGAUGGUCGUGUUAGCAGUCAGGGACAACAAGUCACGGGAUAUGGACAUGAUGACACGAACAACUAUUGGCAAGUUAUCCCUACCAAGGCACUGCCCGAGACUGGUCGUGGCCGCAUCAUCCGCGAGAACGACGUCAUUCAGCUGCUCCAUGUCAGCACACAGUCUUACCUGCUCACACACGACGUCGCAUCACCGCUCAUGGCCACGAACGAGGAAUUUACGACUUGGCCAAAAGACGACCACUCGCGCCACAACGACACGCUGUUCAAGCUGUCGCUUGUUGACGCAGAGGAAGGGGAGUCGUGGAAGAGCAAGUCCGGGCAUUUCAAACUUAUCCACGUGCCGACCAAGGUGGCGAUGUGGACGCACACGAAGCAGCUGCCUGAUUGGGCAUUCAACCAGCAAGAAAUCAACGGGAACAAGAACAUCAACGAGAAGAGUAAUGUUUGGUUCGUCGACAACAUCGUUGACGAAGAGACAGGUGCGGAUGUCGGGAAUCGUACGAAUGUAGGGAGCAAGAAGCCCAAGAGCCGGAAUUUCUUCAAGAAGUUCGCGGAGCUGCAGCUUCUCAUGGUCCAGCACAACGCGGGGUUGACUGCGUCCCAUCCCUACGCCAGCAGCCCAAUCAACUGGCCAUUCCUUCUCAGCGGCAUUAGCUUCUGGACAGAGAACACCGAUCAAAAGCAGAUCUACUUGAUCGGUAACAUCAUUGGUUGGUGGACAUGUGUCGUCGCCAUCUCGACUUACGUCGGUAUCAUUGGAGCCGACUUGAUCGCCCGUAGACGAGGCGUCGAACCCAUACAUGACUCUGUCCGCAACAGGCUUUGGAACUCGACCGGGUUCUUCCUCAUAUUUUGGCUCGUGCAUUACUUCCCCUUCUACGUGAUGAGCCGCCAGCUCUUCGUCCACCACUACCUCCCGUCGCACCUUGCCUCCGCGCUAGUCGCAGGCUCCGUGCUCAGCUUCGUGCUCUCCGAGACCGUGAACUACCCCAUCUCCAUCCGCGGUCCCUCCACACGCCCCAAAACGUCGAUAUACGCGGACGUCGGCAUCAAGGGCCCGAUCAUCUUCGGCCUCUUCGUCGUGGCUAUGUUCAUCAUGUACUGCUACAUCGCACCCCUCACCUACGGCACACCAGGGUUGACCGGUGACCAGGUGAACGCAAGGCGGCUGUUGUCAUCCUGGACGCUGCACUUUGCCGCGAAGCCCUCAGGGGAAGUCUAAACAAAACCUUGCUCGACUGACUGAUUCUGCUCGUGCAUGAAGGGGUCGAGGACAGUGGAAGGAGAUGCUCACUUAUAUAUCAUUGGAGGCAGGUUCGCCCUGUAUGUACGUAAUGUUUAGUUCUUAUUGUAUCUCUCUUAUCCACCCUCUCUUUGGAGUCCCGGUAUGGAAAACCAGCACUGAAUACGGAAGCAUGAUCAACAAGUGCGAUAGAGCAGUCGUGCUUGUGAGUAGUUUCGAACUCGGGUCGAGUUUCAAAAAUUCCACCAUGGCACUACCUGCUUAGUGGUCUCCCCAUUUGUGUCCUC